AUCUGCUUCUCUUUCUUAUUUAGAGUAGUACUCAUGAUAUGUCUAGUCAAUGCUUCAUCAUCCUUGAUUCCUUUCCCAUAGUUAGCUUGGAUCCUACAUUUUUCCAAAGUAGUUGGCUUCAGGUUUUUUAUUCAUCUCAGGAAGUCUUUUCUUGAAUUCAGUUCCAGACGAAAACUUGCAUUAGUAUUUCUUUCAUCUCCUUUCAACUUGUGGCCUCACCACAACCACCCCCACAAGUGCAUGCAUCUCUCUCUCUAUAUAUAGCAUUUAAUACUCCGUCCUCAUCAGCAAUACAUUUUUGAAAUUGCUCUGUUUUCUUGGUGAUGAUAUCCAAAUAGGAAUCCAAUCCCACAUUACUCUGUUCUAGCUUAAAACACACUCUUUUUGUAUUUCUUGAAUUCAUUGUUUCUUGAAAUAUUGAAUUGAUUCCAAGAUUCUUUCUGGUUCUUUGAUUAUUUUAUCCAAAUGGGUAGUCUUGGAUACUUGAAAAAUUCAACAAUGGUUUGUGCUCCAUUGAUGGCUGAAUCAGUGGAGCAAAUGCUAAAGGAUAUGCGAAAGGCAAAGGCAGAAGGCGCUGAUGUUGUUGAGAUUAGGCUUGAUUGCAUAAAGGGUUUCCAGCCUCAGACAGACCUUCAAAUCCUAUUGAGAAACAAGCCUUUGCCAGUCAUCACCGUUUUUAGAGCAACGUCUGAAGGUGGUCAGUGUGAUGCUGAGUACAAAACACGGUUGGACACAUUUCAACUAGCUAAAGAAUUGGGAAGUGAUUACAUCGAGUAUGAACUCAAGGUUGCCUCUGAUCUCAUAAGAGAAGGAAAAUUCCAUCAAUCUAGUAGAAGUAAGACGAUUGUAUCUUCAUAUAUUAAUGCUGUGAACUCUUCAAAAGAAGAGCUCAGCCAGCUUGUUGCUAGACUUCAAUCAACUGGGGCAGAUAUCAUCAAACUCGUUCUUAAUGCGGAUACUAUUACUGAUACAGCUAAAAUUUUUCAUCUACUUCCCCACUGCCAGGUUCCACUCAUUGCAUACUCCACAGGAGAAAGAGGUCUUAUAAGUCAGAUACUGGGGCCAAAGUUUGGUGGCUGUUUAGUAUAUGGAUCUAUUGAAGGAAAGAUGGUGCCUGGCCUUCCCACCCUGAGUAGUCUUAGAGAAGCAUACGAAGUUGAGUGCAUAGAUGCAGAUACUAAAGUUUUUGGGCUCGUUUCAAAACCAGUUAGUCACAGUAAAGGCCCCCUUUUACAUAAUCCUACAUUCAGACAUGUCGGUUACAAUGGAGUUUACGUCCCAAUGCUUGUGGAUGAUCUCAAGGAGUUUUUUUACAUAUACUCAGGUCCUGAUUUUGCUGGUUUCAGUGUUGGGAUCCCGUACAAGGAGGCAGUGCUGGAUUUUUGUGAUGAAGUCCAUCCACUUGCUCAGUCUAUAGGUGCUGUUAAUACCAUUGUAAGGAGGCCUAAAGAUGGGAAGCUGAUAGGUUAUAAUACAGAUUGCGAGGCUUCUAUAACUGCAAUUGAGGAUGCUUUGGGCGUAAGGGGAAUCAUAAAUGGUGAGGCACUCUCUUCACCACUCAAUGGUAGAUUAUUCGUGCUGGUGGGUGCUGGAGGUGCAGGAAGAGCACUAGCAUUUGGUGCUAAGAGCAGGGGAGCAAGGGUGGUUGUUUUUGAUAUCGAUCUUGGAAGAGCAAAAUCAUUAGCGAAUGAUGUGUCCGGUGAAGCAUAUCCAUUUGAGGAUUUAGGUAGUUUCCAACCCGAGAAUGGUGCAAUCCUAGCAAAUGCAACCCCUCUAGGAAUGCAUCCAAAAACAGCAGACAGAAUCCCUGUUCCUGAGAGAACCUUGAAGGAAUACAGGGUUGUCUUUGAUGCUGUGUACAACCCUAGGAAAACCAGAUUACUAAAAGAUGCUGAGGCUGCAGGAGCCAUAAUUGUUAGUGGAGUUGAAAUGUUCUUGCGACAAGCCAUUGGCCAGUGCAAUCUUUUCACUGGUGGCAAAGCACCUGAAGAUUUCAUGCGCGAAAUCAUCAUGGAGAAAUUCUGAUUUUUUAUCGUAGUAAGGUGUCACAUAUGAUGUAGUCUGAUAAUUUGAUUGAGAAGAACUAAAGUAGUUAGAAUGAUGAAUCAUAUUUCCCUCAAGGGAAGUAUUUAGUCUCGUUGAA